AUGGGUGUUCUAGAGAAGCUCUCCCGCAAGUCCGGCGUCAUCGUCGGUGAUGACGUCCUCCGCCUCUUCGAGUACGCCCAGGAGAAGGUCUUUGCCAUCCCCGCCAUCAACGUCACCUCUUCCUCCACCGCUAUCUCUGCCCUCGAGGCCGCCCGGGAUCAGAACUGCCCCAUCGUCCUGCAGGUCUCCCAGGGUGGUGCCGCUUUCUUCGCUGGCAAGGGAGUCAGCAAUGAUGGCCAGAAGGCUUCCAUUGCCGGUGCUGUCGCCGCCGCUCACUUCAUCCGCAGCAUUGCCCCUACCUACGGCAUCCCCGUUGUUCUCCACUCCGACCACUGCGCCAAGAAGCUGCUGCCCUGGCUCGACGGCAUGCUCGAUGCUGACGAGCAAUACUACAAGAUCCACGGCGAGCCCCUCUUCUCCAGCCACAUGAUCGAUCUGUCCGAGGAGCCUGUCGACUGGAACAUCGCUACCACCGCCAAGUACCUCAAGCGUGCAGCUCCUAUGAAGCAAUGGCUCGAGAUGGAAAUCGGUAUCACGGGUGGUGAGGAAGAUGGUGUCAACAACGAGAACGUUGACAACGCCGCCAUGUACACUCAGCCUCAAGAUAUCCUGGCCAUCCACAACGCCCUUGCAUCCAUCAGCCCCUACUUCUCCAUUGCCGCUGGUUUCGGUAACGUUCAUGGUGUCUACAAGCCGGGCAAUGUCCGUCUGCACCCCGAGCUUCUGAAGAAGCACCAGGCCUACGUCAAGGAACAGACUGGCUCGUCCAAAGACAAGCCUGUCUUCUUCGUCUUCCACGGUGGCUCUGGCUCCUCCAAGGAGGAGUACAAAGAAGCCAUUGGCUAUGGUGUCGUUAAGGUCAACCUCGACACUGACAUGCAGUACGCCUACCUGACCGGUGUGCGCGACUACGUCCUCAACAAGCAGGACUACCUCAAGUCUCCUGUUGGUAACCCUGACGGUGAGGACAAGCCCAACAAGAAGUUCUUCGACCCCCGUGUCUGGAUCCGCGAGGGUGAGAAGACCAUGAGCAAGCGUGUCCAGGUUGCUCUUGAGGACUUCAACACUGCUGGUCAGCUAUAA